CACUGGGUUAUUUGUCCCUGCAGGCGGUCUGCAGGCGGUGGCGGAGCUGCUGCAGGUGGACUGCGAGAUGUUUGGUCUGAGCAGCGACCACUACAGCGUCACUCUGCGGAGAUACGCCGGCAUGGCGCUCACCAACCUCACUUUUGGAGACGUUGCCAAUAAGGCCACGCUGUGCUCGAUGAAGGGCUGUAUGAGAGCGAUGGUCGCACAGCUCAAAUCUGACAGUGAAGACCUGCAGCAGGUGAUAGCGAGCGUGUUGAGGAACUUGUCGUGGCGUGCGGAUGUCAACAGUAAGAAGACGCUGCGUGAAGUCGGCAGUGUGCGUGCGCUGACGGGCUGUGCUCUCGAGGUCCAGAAG